CAAGAACUCAUUCGAAAAACAGAGCACUAGCAGAGCGGAGCAGAGGAGCAAGAGGGGCAGCCAUGGAGAUGGGAGACAGCUUCGAGUACUACUGGGAGAUGCAGCGCUUAUUCGAAUCCGACGAGCUCAGCGUCUACCUGAAUGGCGCGCAGGACGACGCGCUGUCCUGCUACGACUCCAGCUCGCCGGACGGGUCCAUGUCCAACUCGUCCUGGGCGCCGGCGCCGGCGGCGACCGCGGCGGACGACGCCAAGGGACCCGGCGCGGACGCGGCCGCGGCCGAGGGCGGCGCGGCGGAGGCGGCGGCCAGGAACAUCAUCAUGGAGCGCAACCGCCGGCGCAAGCUGAACGAGAAGCUCUACGCGCUGCGCAGCGUCGUGCCCAACAUCACAAAGAUGGACAAGGCGUCGAUCAUCAAGGACGCCAUCGAGUACAUCCAGCAGCUGCAGGCGGAGGAGCGGCGGGCGCUGCGGGAGCUCGAGGCCGCCGGCGGCGCGCAGCGUAUGGACGAGUACGGGUACGACGAGGGCGUCCUCCUGCAGGCGGAGCGGGCGAAGAGACUGAGGCGCGCGCGGCCCGUCGCCCCGGCGGGGCCCGUGGAGGUCCUGGAGCUGCGCGUGGCGGAGGUGGGCGAGCGCGUGCUGGUGGUGAGCGUGACGUGCGGCAAGGGCCGCGACGCCAUGGCCCGCGUGUGCCGCGCCGUCGAGGAGCUCCGGCUCCGCGUCAUCACCGCCAGCAUCACCUCCGUCGCCGGCUGCCUCAUGCACACCAUCUUCGUCGAGGUGGAUCAAGGGGACGACCGUGCUCGGAUGAAGCGCACCAUCGAGGCCGCCCUCGCGCAGCUCGACGCCGGGAGCCCCCUGAGUGUGAUGAGCUACUAGUUCUUUCAUCAACUGACGUCAUCAAGAAGAUACAAUCAUAUUAAUUCCACCGGUUGAGUCAGCCGCCGAUGCUUUUUUUUUUCUUAAGGGUGUGUUUUUUUGUGUGGUACCCUACUACCCUUUCAUCAGCGCCCUCCAUGUACAUAGAAGGUGACCGAGCGAGCGAGGCAGCAGCAGGCCAGGAGUUUACACUAGGAGAGAUGCAUGCAGUGAUCGACCUUGGGCUCAUCUCAAACAACAAGUGGUUUCAUUUUUGCCUAAAUCUCAAGAAAUAACACUUAUCUUGACGGCUACAACAGUAAUACCUUA